AUGGGAGAGAAUGAUGUUCAUGUGCUUAUAUAUUAUAAUGGUGAGAUUGUAAACAUGGUGGAGGGAGAGACGUUUCAUAGCAACUAUCAGGCUUGGUUAGUUGUCCGCCCCCCAAUUACUUUGCUACAGUUGGAGAGCCAAAUACUGGAGGAGUAUGAGGGAAACAAUAUAAAAGUCUCAAAGGUUUUCUAUAAGAUGUCGGUUGAUAUUGUGCCACAUGGUAUUCGAUAUAAAAGGUGGCGAAUACGAAAAUAUGAGCACAUUGAUCACUUGUUUAAUUAUUUUAACUCAUUUGCUGAAGCUCGUACAAUAGAGUUUUUUGUCAAAUUACAAGGUGAUCAUUUUAGCUCUGGAGGCUCAGUCCCAGAUCCAUCACCUUCUAUAUCAAAUGCUAGUCCAUUAGUUGAGAUGUCCCACCAUGACAUGUACAAUUCACAUGAUGAGGUUGAUUCUCCAAGUUUUGAGUACUUUGUUAGAGACAUUGAAAAUCCAUUAUCUCUUAAUUCACAGGAAAUGAGACAAGGUAGCUUGGUCAGAGAUUUUGAUUUUGUUGUGACACAACAGGAUACUGAGAAUGAUGAAGAAGAGGACAUUGAUGAUGAUGAAGAUGAACAGUUGCGUAAUGUGCAGAAUUUGGAUGAACAUUUGAUAUCGCAAUCUCAAUUCCAAUCCCAAUCUCAAGGUCGACAUCAUCCUAGUCACUACUCAAUAAUUGAUUUAGCUGCAAUGCACUAUAACUUAUGGGAAGUGCGAAAAUUGACAGGACCACACAAAUGUGUCUUUCCAGAGUCUAUGAAUCAACAUGCUCAGAUGGAUUAUAAUAUUAUCUGUGCUUACAUAUACUCGAUGAUCCAAGCAGAUCCGACGACGCCAAUCAAAGCUUUACAAGUAUCAGUCGAGUCAGAGUUGAGGUUCAAGACAACAUAUAGAAAAGUGUGGCUCGCCAAACAGAAAGCUAUUGCUAUGAAAUAUGGAGAUUGGAAAGAAUCGUAUAAUGAACUUUCAAGAUGGUUGGGUGGCUUGCAGUCUUAUAUGUCAGGUACUAUUGUCCAAGUGCAAAGUGAACCAUACCAUAUUGGUGAUUUUGUAGAUUAUGGUUGCUUUAUGUUUCAUCGUCUUUUCUGGACUUAUCCACCAUGCAUAGAGGCAUUCAAAUAUUGCAAAAAAUUGAUUUCAAUUGAUGGGACACACUUGUAUGGCAAGUAUAGUGGAACAUUAUUGAUGGCAAUUGCCGAAGAUGGCAACUCAAAUAUCUUGCCAAUAGCAUUUGCAGUGGUGGAGGGAGAGACAAAAGAAGCAUGGUCUUUUUUUCUAAGAAAUGUUUGUCAGCAUGUGACACCACAAGAGGGCAUACUUGUCAUAUCUGAUAGGCAUCAUGCUAUCAAAGCAGCUCUAGAAGCAACAGAUAGUGGGUGGCAUCCUCCUUCAGCCUAUCAUGCAUAUUGUUCGCGACACAUUGUAUCAAAUUUUGCAGUAAAGUUCAAGAACAAAGAUGCAAAGCGAUUGUUGUUGAAUGCAACAUAUGCAAAGACUGAACAUUAUUUCUUGUAUUGGUUUAGAGCAUUGAGUGAAGUAGAUCCCGCGAUGUGUGCAUGGGCUAACAACAUACCGCAUGCAAAGUGGGCUCAAUAUGCUGAUGAGGGUCAUCGCUUUAGGCACAUGACUACUAAUCUAUCAGAGUGUAUGAAUGCGGUCAUGAAAGGUACUCAUAAUCUUCUCAUUACAGCCAUAGUUAAGUCAACAUAUUAUCGUCUUAUUGAGUUGUUCAUAAAAGAAGGAACAAAGGCAAAGACGCAACUUACUAGUGGCAAAAAAAUUUCAUAG